AUGGCGGAGUCCCUGCCGGUGCCCGGGCUGUCCCUGCGCGAGGAGCCGCUGCCCGGGCCCGGCGCGGGCGAGACGGAGGCGGAGCUCUCGCUCAGCCUGGCGCGCACCAAGACGCGCUCGUACGGGAGCACGGCCACCGUGGCGGCGCCGCUGGCCGAGCGCCACCUGGAGCACCGCCUCGGCCCCGGCGACACCCUGCAGGGCAUCGCGCUCAAGUACGGCGUGACGAUGGAACAAAUAAAAAGGGCUAAUAAACUGUUCACAAAUGACUGUAUAUUUCUGAGAAAAACAUUGAAUAUCCCAGUUAUGUCUGAGAAACCAUUGCUGUUUAAUGGACUUAACUCACUGGAGUCACCUGAGAAUGAAACUAACAGCCCCCCUUCUUGUGAAGAAAGACCAGUGAUAGUUCAAGAAGACAAUUCUUCACCUAGUCCUCCAGAUCUUGACAAUCAACUCCAUCCACCUGAAGAAUUAUCUGCCAAAGAUUUUCUACACAGACUCGAUUUGCAGAUUAAGCUGUCCAAACAGGCAGCUAAGAAAUUAAAAUCUGAAGAAAACAGGGAGGAAAAUGAAGAAAAUUCCUAUGCAACUUCCUAUCAGCAAGUAGAUGAAUGAAGAGCCAGAAUGAAAGCAGUUCUUAAAGAACUUAAUAUUUGAAGAUUCAAAAGCAAAUCUUUUGGAUUGAUUUAUUAUGGUGUACUUGUUACAAGUUGUAUAUAGGUAAUUCCACUGACUAUUUUUGCACUAAAUAAUUUGAUCUUCUGCCUUCCACAGGUCAGUGUCCUUUUCCUAUACAUUAAUAAAGAAAGUGAACUUUCUAAAACUAGCAAUUGCCUUCAUAUUUCUGCUAUGAAAACAUAGCAGAGUAGCAACAAUAUAUCCCUGAGACCACUUUGAUACAGGAUCUUUAGGAAACAGUUGUACAUUUUUAUAAAGUAUAAGAGGGAUUAAGCAUUUCUCAAAAUCAUAAUCAUGGAGUCUGGAGGCAAAUAAGCUUGUAAUGCAAAUUUUGAGUGUAUCAGAACUGACUGAUGUCACUGUGUGUGUGUAUGAUAUGUGUUCUUAAAAAUGAACCUGUUUUAGCCAAUUGUUUUGGGAAAAAAGGAUACUGGACUUUUAAAGUAUGUAUGGCAAGAUAUUUCUUUGGAAACUUGACUUAAAAAAACAAAGGGAAAAAGCUUAGUAAAAUGUAUUUUUCUUUGUGAAAGGGUAAUGUUGGAAUAUAGCUUUUUGUGUGCAAUAUAUGUAACUUUCAUGUAAUAAAUAUAAAAUGCACUUUAAGAAAGUGAUUUAUCUUUGUUACUCAGCCUAUCUAUAGAAAGCACAGAAUGUCUGGUCCUUUGCAAAUGCAUUUAAAAAUGUUUUCUGUUUCAUUUGAUGUAUUAAAAUUUCUGAAGCA